AUGAGCGGGGCCGCGGGCGGCCGCCGCCCGACCUUCCCCGGGCUCCCAGGGGAGCGGCUGCUGGAGGAGGCGGCGGGCGCGCGGCAGCGCUGCGGGGAGAGCGACGGCGCCGUCCCCGUCCCCGGGACACUGCUCUGCACCGACCGCCGCGUCGCGUUCCUGCCCGCGCAGGCCCCCGGCUCCCCUGCCUUCCUCCGCAGCGAGUACGACGUGGCGCUGCCCUGCAUCCGCAAGCUGGUGGCAGCCAGCAGCUUCGCCAAGCCCAAGGUGCUGACGGCCGCCUCCACCCUCACGUUCAUCCCCGAGGAGCUGGCGGUCUUCUGCCGGGAUUUCCGCCUGCUCCGCUUCCACUUCCAGGAGAACGGCUUGGCUCCGCAGGCGUUUCGGGUGGCCAACGCCAUCGCCCAGGCGCGGGAGGCGGCCGCGUGGCUGGGGGACGCCGGCGAGGGGCAUGAGGGCUGGGAGGAAGAGGAGGAGGAGGAGGAGGAAGGCUCGGCUGCCACGCUGCUCUUCGAGAGCCUGCGCGACUGGGAGCAGGAGCUCAAGCGCUUGGGUGCUGCGGGCUGGAGGGUGAGCGCCGUCAACGAGCGCUUUGACAUGGCCCCCAGCCUCCCCCGGUACCUGUGGGUGCCCAGUGGGCUCCUGGACCACGACCUCAAGCGGACCUUCGCCCACUUCGAGGAGCGCCGCGUGCCCCGCCUGUGCUGGCACCACCCGGGUGGCAGUGACCUGCUGAGAGGCGCCGGCUUCCACGCCGCCUCGGAGCCGGGCAGCGAGGACGUGAGGUGCCUGGAGGCUCUGCUGCUGGGGGGCCGCGGGCCCUGCGUGCUGGCCGACACCGCCGAGCUGCCCACCCUCGCCGACAUCCAGCUCGCCCACCUCAAGCUGCGGGCGCUCUGCCUGCCCGGCGCGGCGGCGGAGGAGAAGUGGCUCUCGGCGCUGGAGGGGACGCGCUGGCUGGACCACGUCCGCACCUGCUUGAGGAAAGCCAUCGAGGUGGCAUCGCUGCUGGUGGGGAGACGCUGCUCCGUCCUCCUGCAAGAGCCGUCGGACCGGGACCUGAACUGCCUCCUGGCCUCGCUGGUGCAGCUCCUGGGGGACCCCCACGCCCGCACCCUGCCCGGCUUCCAGAGCCUGGUGCAGCGGGAGUGGGUGGCAGCCGGGCACCCCUUUCCCCGCCGACUGGGGCUCCUCCGCCGCGACAGCCCCCGGGAGGAGGCCCCCGUUUUCCUCCUGUUCCUGGACUGCACGUGGCAGCUGGUGCGGCAAUUCCCGGCGGAUUUCGGCUUCACCGAGGCCUAUCUCCUCGCCCUCCACGACAGCAGCUUCGCCCCUUACUUCAGCACCUUCCUCUUCAGCUGCCAGCGGCAGCGGGGCCGCGGCAGCCCGCACCGGCCCCGCAGCCAGACCUACACGCCGGUGAACGGCUGGCGGGACCCCGCUCCGGCGGUGCCGCGGGCGCCCAGUGCUGCCCGCAGGCUGCCCACCGUCUGGGACUGGGGGCUGCGCUACAGCCGGCAGCAGCGGGCCCGAUUCAGGAACCCAGCGGGUGCCGCCGGCAGCACGGGACCCCCCGACACCGCGGAGCCCCGGGCCCCGGGCAGGCCCGCCGACGCCUGGCCGGGGGCCGGGAACGUCUUCGUGCUGACCAAGGGGACACUGUCGCCCCAACCCUUUCCCUGGCGGAGCGGCCGCGCCCCGCCGCGCCUGUCCCGCUGGGCCCCCUCCCUGGAGAGCCUCGGUGACCGGGGGGGCAGCCCGGGGGGCAACCGGCCCCCCGCGCCCCCCCCGGGGCUGCUGCUGCCCUGCGCCGCGGGACCCUCCGUCCGGCUCUGGCGGCGCUGCUACCUGCGGGGUCUGCCCGAGGCACAGCGCGGGCGCUUCGCCCCGUCUCCGGCCGGCCUGGCCGAGGAGCUGACGCUGCUGCAGGACCGGCUCAGCGCCUGGCAGGCGGGACCCCGCGCCGAGGCCGCUGGCAUCCCCCUCGCACCCUCGCGGUGA